ACAGAAAAGAGAGAUGUUCUUCCGAGAAAGUAAUACAACUCCUUCCGCACCAAAUACUGCCAGUGUACCCAGUGUGCCGGCGAAUUUUGCGCCAAAUGUAAAUAAUUUUACCUCAUCUGUUUCUGUUCCAUUAUCUAAUUUAAGUAAAGAAAAUUCUUCUUCCAUUACUACUUCUACGUAUGCCAAAGAAACAUCUGUUAGAGAAAUGGAUGGUUAUGUAGGUUUCGCAAACUUGCCAAAUCAAGUGUAUCGAAAAGCUGUCAAGAAAGGUUUUGAAUUCACACUUAUGGUUGUUGGUGGUGCAGGCUUAGGAAAAUCUACUUUAAUCAACUCCAUGUUCCUCACAGAUAUUUAUUCUAAUGAAUAUCCAGGUCCAUCUCUGAGAGCCAAAAAGACAGUACAAGUAGAAACAACUAAAGUAUUAUUAAAAGAAAAUAGUGUUAAUUUGCAUUUAACAAUAGUUGAUACGCCUGGUUUUGGGGAUGCUGUUGACAAUUCAGAAUGUUGGCAGCCAAUAAUUGAUUACAUUGAAAAUAAAUAUGAAGAAUACUUAAAUGCUGAAUCCCGAGUUCAUAGGAGCUUUUCUCCAGACACAAGAGUGCACUGCUGUCUAUAUUUUAUAGCUCCCUCGGGACAUGGGUUAAAGCCUCUGGAUGUGGAAUUUAUGAAGAGGUUACAUGACAAAGUUAAUAUUAUUCCAGUUGUAGCUAAAGCUGACAGCAUGACACCAGAAGAGUGUGCAUCAUUUAAAAGAAUUAUUUUAGGAGAAAUUUCUAGGAACAAAAUAAAUAUAUAUGAUUUUCCUGAAUGUGAUAAUGAAGAAGAAAGUAAAAUACAAAAAUGUUUAAAGGAGCGAGUGCCAUUUGCUGUAGUUGGAAGCAAUACUGUAAUUGAAGUUAAUGGGAAGCGCCUAAGAGGAAGAAGAUAUCCAUGGGGCAUUGCUGAAGUUGAAAAUAUGGAACAUUGUGACUUCCUAGCUCUUAGAAAUAUGUUAAUUAGGACACAUAUGCAAGAUCUGAAGGAUGUUACAAACAAUGUACAUUAUGAGAAUUACAGGUGCAGAAAGCUUGCAUCAGUUGCUAAUGAUGGGAAGUCAGCAAGGAUGUCAAAUAAUUUUUGCCCUCAAAGGAUUUUAAAUACCUUUAUGGUAUUUUGGAACCCAUUAGCUCAAAUGGAAGAAGAACGAAAAGAGCAUGAACUAAAGAUGAAAAAAAUGGAACAAGAUUUGGAGCAGCUCUUUGAAUUGAAAGUCAGAGAGAAAUUUAAAAAACUGAAAGAUUCUGAAGCAGAUCUUGAACGACGGCAUGAGCAGAUGAAGAAAAGUCUUGAGGCUCAACGGAAAGAACUGGAAGAAAAGUGGAAGGCAUUUGAAGCUGAAAAAGCUAGUUUUGAAGCUGAAAAUAAGGAUGAAGAAUCUCUACGCCGAAUGUCUGUUGAUGUUAAUUCAAAAGACCAAAAUGAUUCAAAAGAUAAGAAAAAAGAAAAAAAGAAAGGACUAUUUAAUAAUAAUAAUGUAUAUAUAUAUGUGUCUGUGUGUGUGUUAUGGACUUCAUAUACAUUUUAUGCAAAUAUCUUUUCUUGAGCAUUUUAAUUCUUUAAAUUUAUCUUGAUUGUUUUUGAUGUAAUAAAUUUCUCCUUUAGGAUAAAAAUUUAAACGUGUGUUUGCACUAUGGGCUAAAAUGUAUAUUUUGCCCAUUUUUAACGAUUUGCUGAAUUUGAAGUUAGAGUUAUUAAAUAGCUUCUAGAUUUAUUUAAAUUUGUUCUUUCAUCUUGUAUGUUUACUAAGCAGGAAUUUAAUUUAGUUUUUUUAUUAUUAUUUAAAAAAACUCAUUAAUUUUGUAAUUUUAUCUGCCAUUGUGACAUAUAGUCAUUUUUAAAAGCUUUUUUUCCUUGUAAAUAUUUUGCAUAGAAAUUAAAAUACAAACAUAAUUAUUGACACAUACCCUGUGAGAUUAUUUUAACUGUUUUUAUUAAGUGUACUAAAUUCGCAUUUAUAUUGAUUCUGUUAUGCUUUUUAAGUGAGUUUUCUGUUUUAUCUUGCUUUCUUUGUUAAGGAUAUAUAUACUCAUAAUUAUCAGCUUUUUAGACUGAGUUGUUCUAAAAUUGUUCAUUUAUUUGUUGUUAUCAAACUGCCUAUUUGGGACCAAUCUAUUCUUCAUCAAUCUCCCCCCUCCAUUCUUUUUGCCUUCUAGAAUCAGAAAUAUAAGUCAUUGGUUUUAACAAAAAGAAAAAGAUAUGUAUGAAAAUUAUUAAAUUAUUUGAAAAUUGAAAACUUAAAUAAUCAUUGCUUAGAUUGUUUAAAAUGUUACACUAUUUAUUCUUUCGUAUGAACAAAUUUAUGUAUGUGCAUUUGAAUUUUAAAAUUUUGUAUGAUUAAUUGUGAUAAAAGCAUUUUAUUACAUUAAAUAUGUAAAAACAAAUCUGAAUGCAUGCUAAGUGACCAUUUUGUGUUGAUUAAAUGUAAAAGUAUGUUUUGUGCUAUUUGUGAGAAAAGUCACAUAGCACUCUCUAAAAAUGUUUAACUUAUUUUAUGUUUUAGUUAUGUAGCAAAAUCAUUAGGAAAUUAUUUCUAAUUAAACAAUAAUGAAAAUAAUAUAGUUUCGAACAGUAUUGUUACACUUGCCAUCUGAUACCUUAUUAGAAUUAAAUUAUUGUAUAAUAAAUUAUUAGGAAAUAAUCUAAUAUUUAUGAAUUAUUAGUUUGUGCAAUCUAAUAUUUAUGAAUUAUUAGUUAAAAGUUGAUCCAAAAGUCAGUGAAGAUUAAAGGAAUAAACUGUAUUUCAGUGAAUCUGCUAUGAACAUGAUGCAAUUAGUAUAAAAAUGGAUAGCAUUAAAAGUGUUCUAUAAAGGAAGUUUGUUAUGUAAAUUUUUCAAUUGUAAUUGUAACCAUCAGCUGUCAUUUCAUUGCAGAAUAUGAAAUACCUAAAAGUUGAAUGUGGCAGCCAUAGUUUUUGAAACAUUUUGUGAUACUUCAGUCCGAAUAAAAUAAAUAUAGGAAUCCUUUGAUGCAUGCUAUAAUUUUUUAACUAAAAACUCUGGAAAUUGAAUAUUAUGAUCCUAGAGACGAGUAAUAUAUGAAUUAAAAAAAAUCUACUCUUGCCCAUUGUUCUGUGGGUGGUGGUUGCACUAUGAAACCAGCCCGCAUCUAGCACUUUAAAACUUACUGAGGAAGUAGGAGGGGGGAAACGUGCCUUUUUCUUGCAUAUUUCCAAUAAAUGACGAAAUUUACAAAUUUAACAAAAUGUAUAUUAAUCUUGAUCUAUGAGGUUUCUUCCUUAUCCUACAAAAUGUACACUGCCCAGAUCUUCUAAAUUUCACUAAUUUCUA